AUGAGAAAAGUAUUAAUGAUCAUUAUUGAAAUUCAGAACUUAAUUAAGUGUGUGUUAAACAGGAUGAAAAUGUUCUUUUUUCUGAUGCUUUGCUUUCUUGCAAACACAGAGGGAAAUUCGUAUCUUACACCAAAAGAGAAUGAGAACAAUAAAGUGUAUGACAAUGAUUAUAUUGAGAAUGAGAACAAUGAAGAGCAUGACAAUGAUUAUACGAAUAAUUAUAAUGCUGGUGUACCACCUGGUUCACCUGGAAUUAAUCAGGUAGAAUUUACCAGAAGAAAUGCUAGAAAAGAAGCAUUAAUCGCUAGAAAAGCGGAAAAAAUCGCUACAAGAAAUGCUAAAAAAGCUGAAAGAAUCGCUAAAAGAAAUGCCAAGAAAUCUCAAAGAAUCGCUGGAAUAAAUGCUAGAAAUGCUGAAAAAAUCGCUAGAAGAAAUGCUGGAAUUGCUAAAAGAAAUGUUAAAGCGGCUGCAAGAAUUGCUAAAAGAAACGCUAGAAAUGCAGAACAAAAUUCAAGAAAAGCUAGAAAAACCUUCGAAAGAAAUGUUAGAAAUGAUUUACAAACCGCCAAAAGAAAUGCCAAGGAUGCUAAAAGAAUUGCCAAGAGAAACGCUAGAAAUGCUAAUGAUGCUAGAAGAAUUGCUUAAAGAAACGCUUGAAACGGUGAUAGAGCUGAAAGAAAAAACGUUUGAGAACGGUUUACUUAAAAAUUUGCAAUUGGAUUUUGGAGAUUGAAUGAAACAAGUUGUUAUACGAUAAAUAAAUUCUUAAACAGUUGUUGAUAAAUAAA